GUAAACUAUCAGCAGCUCGUCAUAUAGCGAAGGUACAAUUUUGUAGCUUAUCUUUCUGUGCUAGCUCAACCGAGACCCACCAUGGCACAGUUAAAAUGUCUGUUAGGAAUCAUCGCUUUUGUUCUUUUGGCCAUGGUUUCAGAGAGCCAUUGUCAAUUCAAUGCGACCGAGAACCCACUUCUUCGUAAUGUGACUGAGAACCAACUUCUUCGUAAUGUGACCGACAACCAACUUCUUCGCAAUGUGACUGCGAACCGGUUGGCAAUAUAUCUACCAUUUUGUGGUAAGAGAAGAUACGACCCAAGGUCACACUUGUGCUGUUUAGGCGUCCUAACACGGAGGGGGUUUAACAAUGCUUGCUGUGGAAGAAUUGCAUACAACACCAAAACGCACCUCUGUUGUAAUCUUACACUUCAGCAAAGAUUCUUCGGUGGAGUUCAUGCUAGGUGUUGCGGGCGGAAAAGUUACAACCCUGUAAGUCAAGGUUGCUGUGGAAUCAGAUGGGCACAGACUGUUUAUGACAGAACUAAACAGGCUUGCUGCGCCGGGAAGUGCGUCCCUAACCCUACGGGUUUAACACAUCCAAGUUGCUGUGUGACACGUCCGUACAACCCAAAGAUACAAACGUGCUGUGGGGAAACUGUUUAUAAUAAACCAAGAUACUGCGGACCGACGAGCUGUUGUGGCAGCACAUUGCUCUUCUCCACCUAUCAGCUUUGCUGCGUUGGAACAAUCAUAAGCAGGCCAGUACCGUAUGCACGGUGUUGUGGUGCGGCAUCGUAUAACCCAUACAAAGAGGCUUGCUGCUUCGGGAAAAUCGUUCCUAACCUAUCGGGUGCGUCAGAUCCACAUUGCUGUGGAACUCGUCCGUACAACCCAAGGUAUCAAGUUUGUUGCUCUGGAAGAAUCCUACACAAGCCAUGGCAUACAACAUCUGCACUUUGUUGUGGAAACAGUCUGUAUAACCCAAAGACUCAGGGUUGUUGUGGAACUUUACUGUACGAUCCAAGCUUCCAAGAGUGUUGCCGACCAGGUGUGGUUGAACAGAAAGGCUGCUGCCGCCAAGCCUACUCCCGCUCCAUUGCAAAACCCAUUAUCCAGGGUGAUAAAAGGGGUUGAUUUGCUACGCUGCUAUUUUGGUGUAUCUGACGACGGAUUUAAACCGCUUUGCUUCAGCGUGUUUGUCGCCAUCGAUCAAUGGCUGACAAUUGGCUACAGUAGAUUGCAAGAUAUUUUUUUUAUAAAGUAGUAACUACUUUAAAUAAGUUGUUUUGGGUU